GUACUUGAUACAUAUAUAUAUAUAUAUAGUAAUUUUGUUUCAGAAAGAAAAAAAAGUGAAAAAAACUCAUCCACAAAAGAAACCAGCUAGUUACAGCGGGCAGGUCAAUCUCGGGGUGGGCACAGCCACGAGUCGGGUGGCCCGGGGAGCGGUGAGUCCGAAAACAUCACUCAUAUCCAAAUCAUUGGGCUUCAUCCCGUCGGGCAGCUCCCAUUUAAAGCAAUGAAGCAAGUGGGCCACCCCGAGAUCCAGCGCGUACAGACCCAGCUGCAUCCCCGGACAGGACCUCCGACCCGACCCGAACGGCAGGAACUCGAAGUUGCUCCCCUUGAAGUCCGGCAUCCCUUCCUUGAGAAACCUGGCCGGCUUGAACACGUCCGGUUCGGACCACGAGUUCCGGUCGCGUCCGAUGGCGAACGCGUUGAUCAUCACCCGCGACCUCUUCGGGACGGAGUAGCCGCACACCUCCGCAUCCUCCGCCGUCUCGUGGAGGAGCAGCGGGAUCGGCGGGUGGAGGCGCAACGUCUCCUUGAGCGUGCAUUUCAGGAAGCUCAGCUUCUCAAAGUCGCUCUCUUCGACCCGGCGGUCCAGACCGACAACCUCCGCCAGCUCUUGCUGAACCACUCGCAGGUCCUCCGGGCUCUUCAUCAGUUCAGCCAUAGCCCACUCGAUUGCUGACGCCACCGUUUCAGUCCCACCAAACAUCACAUCCUGCAGCCAAACCAACCCCAACAACCCCGUUAAAUUGUGUUUUCUCCUUACGCUAUUCCCAAAAUAAAAUAAACUCAUUUCAUUGCGCGCAGUUAUUAUUUCUGGCUCAUAAUCACUUUUACAAGCGAAAAAAUUACUUUCCCUAGCUAACUCUCCCAUUCUAGCACCAAUAACAAUAUAUAUGUUCAGCCUGCAAGCAAGCAAGCAUCAAGGAGUCCAAGUUGAUGACAGCAUAUGGACAGUAAUCCAAAGGCUAGCUAGAUUGUAAUUUCUGCUUCACACCAUUCUAAAAGAUGGUUCCUACCUUUUUGGACUUUUCUCCUCCUAAACAGAUUGAUAUUGUACAAAUUCACAGCCAGACAAGUU